GCACGUUAUUCUCACCCCAUAUGAUUAAGCUCCUCCUUCCAUCAGCCUCUCAUUUUAACAGUCAGAUCCACGGCCUUCACCCCCAUCCUUCCUUUCCCUCUUCUAACGGUCCCCUUUUCUUCUGCUCAAUCUUCGGCCACCGUCUCCGUCGCCGUAUUCUCACUUUGUUUCUGGAGCUUUUGCCCGUUUUUGUACCUCAAGCUUAACCGUUGAUAUUCUUAUAGAGGGAGAGAGAGCGAGAUACUCGCUUGUCCAUCUCCCUAGGCUCGCAGAUGGGCGCCGAUUACUAUAACAUACUGAAAGUGAAUCGAAAUGCGAGUGAGGACGAUUUGAAGAAGGCCUACAAGAGGCUAGCGAUGAUUUGGCACCCAGACAAAAACCCAGUUAACAAGACGGAAGCUGAGGCCAAAUUCAAGCAAAUUUCCGAAGCCUAUGACGUUUUGAGCGAUCCCCAGAAGCGUCAGAUCUAUGAUCUCUAUGGCGAGGAGGCUCUCAAGUCCGGUCAAUUCCCUCCACCUCCGCAAUCCUCCUCUUCCACGUCCUCCUCGGCUUCUCGUGCUUACCAGCAUUUCCAAAACCAACAACGCCAGCAUACGAAGACGUCUUAUCGGUUUAAUCCCAGGGACGCCAACGACAUUUACGCGGAAAUUUUUGGGUCGGAGAAUGGUGGUGGUGGUGGAGGUGGGAGAAAUGGAGCGCAUUGGGAUGGCUUUUUCAGAACUUCAAAUGGUGCGUUUGGAGGAGCGGGGAGGAAGGCUGCGGCGGUGGAGACUCUUUUGCCGUGUAGCUUGGAAGAGCUCUACAAAGGUGUCAAGAAGAAGAUGAAGAUCUCAAGGAAUGUCUGUGACGCUUUUGGGAAGUUUCGGAAUGUGGAGGAGAUAUUGUCUAUUGAGGUGAAACCUGGUUGGAAGAGAGGAACGAAGAUUACUUUCCCUGAGAAAGGUAACCAGGAGCCCGGUGUCAUUGCAGCAGAUCUUAUAUUCGUGGUGGAUGAGAAACCACAUGCUGUUUAUAGGAGGGAUGGUAAUGAUCUGGUGAUCAACCAAGAGAUCACUCUUCUAGAGUCCCUUACAGGCAAAACCCUAGACCUCACUACCUUAGAUGAAAGGAGUCUCAUGAUCCCAGUGACUGAUAUCGUCAAACCUGGUACUGAGGUCGUUGUCCCUAACGAGGGAAUGCCCAUUUCAAAAGAGCCCGGCAAGAAGGGCAAUUUGAGGAUUAAGUUUGAGGUUAAGUACCCUUCGAGGCUAACUCCAGAGCAGAAAUCUGAGCUGAUAAGAGUUUUGGGUGGGAAUGGAAUGACAAAUGUUUGAGUUGGGUGGGUGUAUGUACGUUGUAAAUAUACCACGUGCAUGCUGUUGAUGAAUGUGAAUACCAGGAACAUUCUGCAGGUGAAAGAGUUAAAAAGCUGGGCAUAAGGAGGAUUCGUAGUUAGAAAGUUUGGAUUUUUAUGCAGGUUAGGGAACAUAGCUAACGUUUGGAAAUGGGUGGGAUUUUUAACCUAAUUGAGUAGGUGGUGGAUAAUCUCCAGUGAGUUUCCACCAUUUUGCAUAAGGUCUUUUAUUUUGGCCUUUUGGCUUGAUAUUAAUAUACGUAUUUAUAAUCGCUAGUCUUCAUAGAGGAGUAUGUCCUUGGUCAUGUUCAUAUCAUGGAAAAUGUAUAUAUACGUCAUUUUACAUUGAGGUUUAAUGAAUGGUUGUUACUUAA